AUGUCGACCGUUUACCUUAUCCACACUACACAACAUACUCGCCCUUUCUUGACGACUGUACCUUUCAUAGCCCGUGACUUCGCUGCAUGGGGACAUCGUGUCGACCACCACCCCGCAGACUCGGCAUACAUCAAUGAGAUUCGAUCCCGCGAGGAUGUGGAACACAUGAACCGCAAGGACCGCGGUGGAAGCCGGAGGACAAAGCUGAUGGAGAUAUGGGCGACCGAAGCCGUCCGCAGAAAACGAAGGCAGCGAAGAGAACCCCAUGGCAUUGAAAUCGAAACAUCGAUGGGAGAGGGCGGCUUCGGACCGCAAGAUGCCAGAGUGAAGAAGGCUGGUGAUAUGGUACAGGAUGUCAUCGAUGGCGUGGCUUCAUUUGGAUCUCCACCUACCAUCAUCACCACAUACACACGCCAUCUCUUCGCCAUUCGGUACACACCAAAUGCACCUCUCCCAUCAUGGUCGAACCCCGACAUCACGUACGCAGACCAAGUCGUCUUGGAGUUCCACGACUACGAAGAGAUCAGAAAGGAAGAUCUAGUCCAUGCGGUAAACAGCGCGAUUGGCAAGAACGAAGGCAGAAUGGGCAAAGUGGAAAGAUGUGCAAGAACAGGCAUGAAGCGAGUGAUUCUAUGGGUUGACGUCGCAGAUGUCUUCUUCGGAGACGUAGUACAAGACGAACGCAAUGUGGAAGACAGAGAUCCUGUGCCAAAAUACGAGAGGGGAGAAAGGCCGCCAGUGUAUGCCGAAGAGAGAUAG